CACCACCACACGACUCGCCUCCGACCAUCCGACCCGGCGAGCUACACAAGUCGCCGUGCGGUUUCUCCAUCACUCUGGGGUUUCCCCAUCUCUUCCACCAUCGAAUUCUCAUCCUCUCCAAAGCUUGCGACAGGUCAAGCUUGAACCUACUGCCGCUGUCGUACCCUCCCGCUGGUGCUGUCGCUCUUGUAGCGCCGACCCACGAUAAGAGCAACACACGACACCAUCGGCCUGGUUCCGGGUCAUUCCCACCAUGACACGCCUCGCGCACAUAGCGGCGGCGGCGUCCUCGCUCCUGGCCGUCGCGCAGGGCGUCCUUGCUGGCGACGAUGCCCUCACGCCAAAGCACGAGGCUGGCCGCUGUGCCAUGCGCGGCCACUGCGGCAGCAAGAGCUUCUUUGGCAAACCGUUGCCCUGUCUCGACAACGGCCUCGCCGAGAAGCCAGACGACGAUUUCGCGCGCGAUCUAGCAGAGCUGUGCGGUCCUAAGUGGCUAGACACGAAUGUGUGCUGUACCAGAGACCAGUUUGAUGCUCUCAAGUCGCAGAUGGCUGUGCCCAGCCAAAUCCUCGGCGCCUGCCCGGCUUGCAAGGACAACUUCUACAACCUCUUCUGCACAUUCAGCUGUUCACCCGACCAGUCGCUAUUCAUCAAUGUGACCAACACCUUGGUCAAGAAUGGCAAGACCAUGAUCACGGAGCUCGACCAGCUCAUCUCCAAGGACUAUGGCGAGGGCUUCUUCGACAGUUGCAAGAACGUCAAGUUCGGCGCCUCCAACGACAAGGCCAUCAAUAUUAUCGGAAACGGUGCAACAAACUACACCAGCCUGCUCAAGUUCCUGGGCGACGAGAAGCCCAUCGGCUCUCCUUUCCAGAUCAAUUUUCCGACAUCGUACCCAGACCCGAGCAUGAGACCACUCGAGAUGAAGCCGAAGCAAUGCAAUGACGAAGACCCCAACUUCCGCUGCUCCUGCGUAGACUGUCCGGCGGUCUGCCCAAAGCUGCCUGAUGUUGAGGACGCCGGCUCAUGCCAUGUCGGUGUUCUUCCUUGUCUCUCCUUCGCUUCCAUCUUUACCUACAGUGUUUUGCUGUUCUCCCUGGUCUUGGCGAUUGGCGGCCACGUCGCGUGGCGUAAGCACGCACAACGCCGCAACGAGCGCCUGCAUUUGCUUCAUGGCGUUGAGCCCAGCGACGAUGAGGAUGAGGGUGACCUUGUCCGCAACCCUGCCAUGUACGACAGGCCACAGAAGCACUACAGAGUCAAUACCUGGUGUGACAAGGCUUUCAGCAAGCUCGGCCACGUCUGCGCCAGGUUCCCUGGCAUCACGAUCUUCGCCAGUCUCCUCCUCGUUGUCGUCCUCAGCGUCGGAUGGGUCAAGUUUGACGUCGAGAAGGAGCCCGCCAGGUUAUGGGUCAGCCCGGCGUCCAAUGCUGCUCAGGAGAAGGCAUAUUUCGAUGAGAACUUCGGCCCUUUCUACCGUGUCGAUAAGGCGUUCCUUGUGAACGACACUGGUGGUCCGGUUCUCAGUUACGAAACCCUCAAAUGGUGGUCAUCGCUCGAAGAUGAAGUACGACAGCUUACGGGAAAGAGCUUUGGCACGAAGUUCACGGAUGUUUGCUUCAAGCCGACUGGCUCAGCCUGUGUCGUGCAAUCUCCCACGGUCUACUUUGACGGCACAAAGCACUGGAAGGACCACUUUCAGGAUUGCGCCGAAGGUCCCGUCAUGUGCCGCCCAGACUUUGGCCAACCGAUUGAGCCCAACAUGAUUCUUGGAGGCUACAAGAGCCUCGACACAGUUACCGAGGCACCUGCCAUGACUGUGACGUGGGUCGUCAGCAACCAUCUCGAAGGCAGCACCGAGCUUGCUCACGCCAUGGACUGGGAGGCGUCUUUGCGCGACCGUCUCCUGCUUGCGCAGAAGGAAGCCGAGAAGCGGGGUCUUCGCUUAUCUUUCAGCACCGAGAUCAGUCUCGAGCAUGAGCUCAACAAGUCCACAAACACGGAUGCCACCAUCGUUGCUAUCAGUUACCUGGUCAUGUUUAUCUAUGCUUCCUUGGCUCUGGGCUCAACCAGCAUCAGUUUCACGGAGCUCAUCAAGAACCCUGCCCUUGGUCUGGUUCGGAGCAAGUUCACGCUGGGAUUUGUGGGCAUUCUCAUUGUCCUCAUGUCCAUCACCUCAUCCAUUGGACUGUUCUCGUGGUGUGGCAUCAAGGCCACUCUCAUCAUUGCCGAGGUCAUCCCCUUCAUUGUGCUGGCUGUUGGUGUGGACAACAUCUUCUUGAUCGUUCAUGAGUUUGAGCGUGUCAACUUGAGCCACCCCGAUGCCAUGGUCGAAGAGAGGAUAUCCAAGGCACUUGGGCGUAUGGGCCCGUCCAUCCUCUUCUCUGGAAUCACGGAGACCGUCUCUUUUGCGCUGGGAGCCUUUGUUGGUAUGCCGGCUGUGCGCAACUUCGCAAUCUACGCGGCUGGUGCUGUAUUCAUCAACGCUAUCCUGCAGAUGACCCUCUUCAUCUCGAUUCUAUCGUAUAACCAGAUCCGUAUCGAGGAUAACCGCGCAGACUGCUUUCCCUGCGUCCAAAUCAAAGCCGCCCGCGUCCACCUGGGCAGCAGCAAUGGCCACAGCGGCCCUCGAGGCUACGACGUUCCCGAGGAGAGCUUGCUGCAGCAAUUCAUUCGGAAGUACUACGCUCCUGCACUGCUGGGUCGCAAGGUCAAGGUCCUGGUUGUGACAGUCUUCGUCGGUCUACUUGCCGCCGGGAUUGCUCUUAUUCCAUACGUCAAGCUCGGACUGGAUCAGCGCGUGGCUCUCCCAGAUGAUUCGUACCUCAUUGACUACUUCAACGACAUGUACAAGUAUCUCGACACUGGCCCGCCUGUCUACUUUGUGGCGAAGGAUGCCAAUGCGACGCAGCGAAUCUAUCAACAGGACAUGUGCUCGCGCUUCUCCACAUGCGAUCAGUACUCCCUGACCAACAUCCUGGAGCAGGAGCGGAAGCGGCCCGAAGUUUCGUAUAUUGCUUCGCCAACCGCCAGCUGGAUCGACGACUUCUUCCAGUGGCUGAACCCCGAGUUUGAUGAGUGCUGCAAGGCUGGUCCGAGACACACCUGCUUUGAGAACCGCGACCCAGCGUGGAAUGUGACGCUGUACGGCAUGCCUGAGGGUGAGGAGUUUGUCCACUACGUGCAGAAGUGGCUGGUUGCUCCGACCAACGAGAAUUGCCCGCUUGCUGGCCAGGCAGCAUACGGCCAGGCAGUGGUCGUCGACGUGGAGAAGAAUGGAGUCCCUGCCAGCCAUUUCCGCACAAUGCACAAGCCUCUUCGCAGUCAGGAUGACUUCAUCAAGGCGUACCUCGCUGCACGUCGCAUCGCGAACGAUAUCACGGAGAAGACGGGCAUGGAGGUGUUCCCCUACAGCGUAUUCUACGUCUUCUUUGAUCAGUACGCCAAUAUUGUCAGCCUGACGGCCACCUUGCUUGGUUCUGCAGUCGCCAUCAUCUUUGCCGUGUCAACGGUCUUGCUCGGCUCGGUACUCACCGCUCUCGUGGUGACCAUCACGGUGGUGAUGACUGUCAUCGACAUUAUCGGCGCCAUGGCCGUUUUUGACGUGUCACUGAACGCCGUGUCGCUGGUCAACCUGAUCAUCUGCGUCGGUAUCAGCGUCGAGUUCUGCGCACACAUUGCCCGGGCCUUCAUGUUCCCGUCCGGGUCCGUCAUGGAGCGUGCUAGGAAUCGCUUCCGUGGCCGCGACGCGCGGGCGUGGACGGCGCUAGUCAACGUCGGCGGGUCCGUGUUCAGCGGCAUCACCGUGACGAAGCUGCUCGGCGUCUUCGUGCUGGCCUUUACCAAGUCCAAGAUCUUUGAGAUCUACUACUUCCGCGUGUGGCUCGCGCUUGUCGUGUUUGCGGCUACGCAUGCGCUAAUCUUCCUUCCCGUUGCGCUGUCGCUGGCCGGUGGCGAUGGGUACGUCGACCCUGAGAGCGAAGGCGGGCUCGUGGAGGAUCUGGCGAGUCGGAGAUACCGGGCGCUCGUGCCGGACGAUGCAAGUGACUCGGACGAAUACGACGAGUGAUGUGGCAACAGCGUUGGAUUAUGAAUGAUCGGCUUAACAGGAAAGAAAUGGAAAGGGCGAGGGCGAGAUAUCGCUAGGACACACGAGACUUUUGGAGAGGUGGAUUCAAGAUGUGGAUUGCAUAAUGUAACGUACACAGCAUAUCAUAGCUCGAGCGAGCCAAGUAUCUUUCUUUCUGUCUGCUCACAUCUGGGAUCACGAACAUGCAAAAUGAUAUAUACCGGUCU